AGGAGACGGGAUUACAGACGCUCAAAAUUUUGUGACAACCCAGCCGUGAUAUUAGCAAUCAGUGUUACAGCCCCACCAUGGCCUCCCUGCGCAAUGCAGACACCCAGCUCAGGACCUACAUCAGGCAGCACUCCCUGCCCCACAUCUAUGAGGCUCUGCUGUGCAGCUUGUGUGUGAUGUGCCCAGAAAACCCACUGACGUUUUUAGAAGAGAAGAUCAAGCAAAUGAUUGAGAAGGGUAGCAGUGAUCUUAUGUGGGAUGUGUUUAUAGAUGAAUCUAAGAAACCCAGAAUAAGAGCAAUGGCAGGAAGUUAUCUGGAAUACUUCUUUGGACAAGAUGAAGAUCAGUUGGUGUCCCCAGAGCUAUUUAAGAAGGCAUACUCCUUCUACAGUAAUUUACAGAGACUGUAUUUUGAUGCAUGGACAGAAUACUGCUCAAUGAGAAAAGCCGCCAAGCUUUGUACACAGCUGAAGCUGCAGACAGCAGAAGCACAUCAUACAAGUAGAUUGUUAAAAUCCAUAGUGCAUUGCUGGAACACUUGGGUGAAAUUUCGUAUGACGCAACAAACAUGGGCAGCAAGCAGGAUACAGAAUGUUUUCAAUAAGGCUUUCAUGAAGAAGAUUUUUAAAGCUUGGAAUGCUGAAACACAGGACUCUAAAAAGAAAAAGGAGUACUUUGAGCGUUUAGAAAAAGGCGACAUGGAUGAUUAUCAGAAUUUAAACUCUUCUACAUUAAAAGACAGUGAAGAUGAUGUAUCACAGUUACCACUCAAGGUUGCUCUGAAGAUCUUUGUUCAUGUAGAUUUGAUAGAUUUAGCAAGAUGUGCUCAAGUUUGUCGUUCUUGGAAGAUAAUAACUCAAAACAGUUCACUCUGGAGCAGUAUUGACUUGUCAUCUGUCAGGCAUUGCAUUCAGGACAAAUUUGUGGUUGAUAUGUUACGCAAGUGCCGUCCAUAUGUUAUACGCUUAAAUCUCCGUAGCUGUUCCACUCUUCGUUGGCGUACAUUUAAAGGAAUAAGUGAAUGCAAGAAUCUGCAAGAUUUAAAUAUGUCAGAUUGCCAAAAUUUGAAUGAUGAAUCAAUGAAAAUUAUUUGUGAAGGAUGCCCAGGGUUACUCUACCUGAAUGUAUCACACACCAAUAUAACCAAUGCAUCAUUACGCAUGAUAUCAAGGUUUCUCUUUAACCUGCAGUAUCUGAGCUUAGCUUACAGUAGGAAAUUUACAGACAAAGGUUUACAGUACCUGGGAUCAGGAAAAGGAGCCCACAAACUCAUCUACUUAGACCUGUCCGGAUGUACUCAGAUAUCUGUUGAUGGUUUCAGAUACAUAGCUGGCUGCUAUUCUCUUCAACAGUUGGAACUAAAUGAUAUGUUUACCCUGACAGAUAACUGCGUAAUAGUUCUACUUGAGAAAUGUCAAAAUAUUACAUCUGUUUCUCUUCUGGGCUCUCCUCAUCUUACCGAUGCUGCAUUUAAAGUACUCGCACAAGGGCGAAAGCUUGUGAAAAUCAGAAUUGAAGGAAACAAUCGGAUCACUGAUGUAAGCAUCAAAACAAUUAGCAAAUCCUGUCCCAGUCUAAAACACAUUUACUUGGCCGAUUGCCAGAAAAUUACUGACAUUGGACUAAAGACGGUAUCAUCAUUAAAGAAUAUAACUGUAUUGAAUGUGGCAGACUGCAUAAGGAUUAGUGAUCCAGGUGUCCGACAGGUUGUGGAAGGCACAUCAGGAACCAAGAUUCGAGAAAUAAAUUUGACCAACUGUCUACGUGUCAGUGACUUAUCGCUUUUAAGAAUUGCACAAAAGUGUCACAAUAUAACCUUCUUGAGUCUUCGAUACUGUGAAAAUGUGACGGAUUCUGGCAUUGAGCUCCUUGGGAACAUUGCAUCACUGAUUUCUAUUGAUCUUUCUGGAACUAGUAUCACAGACCAGGGACUAUCAGCUCUUGGAGCAAACAGCAAGAUAAAAGAACUUGGUGUAUCAGAAUGCGUGGGGAUCUCUGACAUUGGAAUUCAGAAGUUUUGCCAGCAAUCAAAAGACCUGGAGCAGCUUGAUAUCUCCCAUUGUUUGCAUGUGACUAACAGUACGGUGAAAUCUGUGACUUUCUGCUGUAAGAUGCUCACAUCUGUCAGCAUUGCUGGUUGUCCUAAGGUAACAGACCUCAGCAUUCAGUAUAUCUCAGGUGUCUGCUGUUAUCUGCAUGCCUUGGACAUCUCCGGAUGUGUUCAUCUCAGUGACCGAGCAUUAAAACAUCUACGAAAAGGUUGCAGGCAACUCCGCGUGCUACGAAUGCUCUACUGCAAAAGUAUUUCCAAGACAGCAGUUGUAAAGCUUGAGUCCAAGAUUCAAAAACUGGAGUACAACAGUGAUGAUCCACCACCAUGGUUUGGAUAUGAUCGACAUGGUAACAUACUUAACAGUGUGUCUCAUCUAGAUGAAACCGACGAUGAGAUGGUGGACAAGUCUGCAAAUUUGUUUUCUCAAGAAAGUGUGGAUAUCCUGUAAAAUUCACUGCCGGCUUCAUCGAAUCAUUUGUGAAAGUUGCCCAAAUUCCUCUACCAGGAAGAGAAACAUAUUGUACUUAGUUAAAUGGAAAUAAUAAAGAAUGUACAUCUAGAAACUUACCUUUAAGAAGCCAAUAUUUUUUAUUUUUUUCUUCUUAAAACUCUAUAUUUACUUUCCAGUUUUUAACUAGCUAUCAUUCGAUUAGGAAGAUGCAUUAAAACGAGGUAUCCUGCUUCAAAUACUAAAGCCUUUCUAUGUAGUCAGUGAAUUUAGCUUACUGCCAUUGCAGUGAGAGAACUGGAAUAAAAAUCACAUUUAAUGUAGGAAAGAUCACCUACAACUAUUGUAAGUAUGAAAAGGGAAAACAUGCUCUUUAUGAUGUUAUUUUCUAGAGGAAGUAACUAGUUGAAGAUAAGCAAAAUCUGAAACAGACUGGAGUGGAUAUGUAAUGUUUAUGGGCUC